UACGUAUUAGUAUAUGUUAAUGCCUAUUGCAUGUAAAUAGGUGGCAGGGAAAAUUCGGGCGGAGCGAGAAGUGCCUUCGCACGUCCAUGGACAAUUGACUUUCGCGAGGUUGCCCGAAAAGCAAGCCAUGGCUUUGCGCAGUAUGACUUCUGUACGUCGUAAAUGUGCUUCAAAGACACAGCAGACGGCGAGCCGUCAUAAAGAGCCUGUCACCGUUGUCCAUUUCUGUAGCGGCUCGCUCUCACGCCUCUUUCUUCCUGGUCCGAGCGCAACCCCCAGUGGACGCGUCCGGACCAGCCAUGGCACCGAAGCGGCGCCGAGAAGCUGAGAAGGCGGAGGAGGAGAAAGACGACACAACGUCGACCAAAUGCGGUCUAGCUGGACUUCUGUCUGAGAAGAUAGAAGCCGAUGGCGUGGCGGUCACGCGCGAGGAAAGCCUCGCUGCCGUUGACUUCUUGGUCGCGGCCCUCACCAGGCUGCGCUUUGAGGCGCUGUGCCUGCUAGGGCUGGUAGCGGUCCGCAUGUGCGAGGACGCACGGCGAGAAGGUCAAGGCCUGCAGCCGCACUGCGCAACGUGUCGCCGGCUUCGGAAGACGGAGCUGGUGGAGGACGACAUGUACGCGGCGAUCUGCGCUGUGUCGGUGUGUGACCUCACCGAGCAGGGCCGGAAAAGGGGCCGGCCGUCCAAGCGGGACCAGCAUCCUGAGGACGACCUGUUCCGGCACGUCUGCGAGGAGCACUUCCCGCGCGACGAGGAGGCCGCGGGUGCUCGCGUCAACAGGUCGGGCUUGACUCCCUUCCUGCCGCCGUUGUCGAAGGGCGUGUUUACCAACGUCAAGAACCAUUACGCCGCAAACUUCGCAGCCUGGCUGGCGCGCAGCUUUCGCUGCCGCAUCGACGACGAGCUUCGCGAGCUCCGUACUCCAGCCACCAAAAAGCUGGACAAGCUGGCAUGGAGCAUGGCGCAUGCCGUGCUCUACGACGGCGAGUUAGAGCAGCCGCGCUGGUGGGUGGGUUGGGCCCAGGGCGCCGCCGCGCAAGCCGCGGGCGCGGCGGCUGCGGCGGCGGCACAUGGCGCCGGCCCUGCGGGCGGGGCCGCCGCCGCGCAAGCCGCGGGCGCGGCGGCUGCGGCGGCGGCACAUGGCGCCGGCCCUGCGGGCGGGGCCGCCGCCGCGCAAGCCGCGGGCGCGGCGGCUGCGGCGGCGGCACAGGGCGCCGGCCCUGCGGGCGGGGCCGCCGCCGCGCAAGCCUGGACCGCCCUCGUUGACUACGUCAACGCCCAGCGUGCGUCGAAAAGGGCCGCAGAGCUGUUGCUGCGGGAGGUCAAGGGGACGCAGGCCACGUACAAGAAGGCCAGCACGCGGCACAUGGAAUGGGCCGCGGAGAUUCUCGCAGGCCUUGAGGCACGCCGCGAUCAGCUGGGGGCGCAGGUGCAGCAACUGACGCAGGCGCAGCCGUUGACGCGAGAGGACACGCAGCGGCUUGCGUCCUUGCGCCGGGAACUGCAUCGCGCACGUCCGUUCACGCUGACCCCCAGCCCCUCCUUCGCGCCGAUCUAUGUGCCCCUUGACAACACGUCCAUGGCCCGCCUUCCUGGGCUGCUGCCCACCCUGGCAAGGCGCCAUGGCGAGGUCUUCGCCGGUGCAGGCGCGGGCGCCGUGGCACCCUCCUCGUUUGUCCAGGCCGCGUUUGGCGGCGGGGGCAUGCAGUCGUCUGCCACGCUGAACGCCGUCGGCUGGGGCCUGUUCCAGCUCGGGGGUGUGACCUCCCGCAACGCCCCCUUCGCCAAUUACAUCACCACGGACGGGGUGGCCUGCAGCGUGGCGCGAGAAGCGCACAACAAGCCGCUGGCCAACUUGAAGCCGGCGACCGCGCCCGCCGAUGCGGGGGAGCUGUGCACCCUGGAGGAGAUGAAGGCCACGCAGAUCAUCGGUGUGGACCCGUGCGGGGGAGGGAAUUGGUUCAUGGCAGCACGGUCUCCGCUGUACCAGCCAGGGCCCUGGGCUUGGGAGGGUGUCGGGGAGGGUGUCGGCCCUGCCCAGCGCUACCUGCUCGAGCUGCACGACAAGCAGCUGGAUGAGGAGUUGUUCCCUGGGCAGCUGCCGCCGGAGCCGCGUCGCAGGCGCAAGGGCGUCAGGCGCAAGGGGGGCGGGCGUAAGGGGGGCCACCGCCGGAAGCAAUCUAAGCACUGGCAGCCGCGAGCCAGGACAGCGCGGCGGCGGCGCCAGAAGCGGGGCCGAUUCCUUAUGAGCAUGGGCCACUGGCGGCACAUGUCAGGCCUGGAACGACUCCAGCCAAACCGCCCACAGCUUGCGCCAGCCCUGCAGGCGUACAUCGGCGGCAUCCCCACGGCGGCGACCGCGUCGGCGGCCCGGUUUGAAGAGCGCCUGCGCUACCUCUUCGCCAGUGGGGCGGCAGGGCAGGCGGCGGGGCAGGCGGCGGGGCAAGCGGCGGGGCAGGCGGCGGGGCAAGCGGCGGGGCAGGCGGCGGGGCAGGCGGCGGGGCAGGCAGAGGCGGGGCCCCGGGGCGCGGUGCACGUGCUGUGGCACUACCACUUCUCCGCCUUCCGCCGAAAGCGCUGGGCUGCGUUCAUCCAGCGCGACCGCGCGCUCCACCGCGUCGCCAAGCAGCUCACAGGCGGCAGGCCCAAGGAGGAGGUGGUGGUGGGGUGGGGUUCGUGGGCCUUCCAGGGAGGGAAGGGCGGCUCCCCCAUCUCCGUCAGGGGCGGGCGCGCGCCGACGGGGCGGCUCAUCAAGCUGCUCCGUGAGCGCUACGCCAAGCAUGUGUUCAUCAUCGAUGAAUACAAGACCUCCAAGACCUGCUACAACUGCGGGUGUCAGGAGAUGGCCAUCAAGCGGCUUGGGGGGCUGAAGGAGGGGCAGCGGCCCUGGUCGGUCAAAGUCUGCAACGACUGCUUGACGACCUGGAACCGCGACGUCUCCGCCGCCAACGUGAUCCGUGUGCUCCUCCUGCUGAAGCUGAUGGGCUUCGAGCGGCCGACCAAGCUGCAGCGGCCGCCAUGGCCGCCGCCGGCGGCGGGGCCGGGCUGAGAGCCUGAACGGCGCUAGCAGGGCGUGGGGCUGAGGGUGCACGUGUCGAUUGGCGGCGAGUGACGUGACUAGUUUGUUAGCUGCGGGUUAGCACGGACUGUGCACCCCACCCAACCGGCCACGUCCGGAUUUGCGGGGAUGCCAAAGGCCCCCAACAUAGAGGCGUGUGCUUAGUAGGCGCCCGCGUCAAGGUGGCUGGGUUGAUAAUGACCCGGGAUCAGCCCUUUUCCUGCCAUAAGGCAGCCACCUCCUUGUUGGGUGCGAGGACACUGUCGGCAGGAGCAUAUGUUGCAUGCGUGUGUGCGCACCCCAUGACGACAGCGCGCGACUUUCAUCCGCUGCGGCACCAGCGGCCUGCCUCAGAACCUAGGUCGGCAAUGACCGUGUUGCGCUGUGGACUAGUGUCUGACCAAGCAGAAGUUGGGAUACAUAUUGCUGGCAUGAACGAAAUAACCAGGCUAGGCUGCGUAAGAGUUUGCAGGAGGAUGAAUGUGUUCGCUACGUCAGGGGUGUCAGUGCACACGUGGUGUAAGUUGGAUUUACGAGUGCUUACAAGAGUGACAUGGUCGCAUGGGUGUGAGAUGCGUUCACGACGAGGCGCGCCGCACACUGAAAACUUUUGAAGGUCGCCUUUGGCUGUCGCUACUGUUGAGCCUCUCUGGGUCCCGA